AUGACCAGUGAGAGGAAUAUCUUAUUUGACAAAGCCUAUCCUGAACUUCAAGAUUUUUGCCGGAGUCUGGGCUUAGUGUUUGAAGUUGUGGAUCUGAGAUGGGGUCUCUGGGAUUCAGUUGCCGUGGACCACAUGACCACAGAACUGUGUCUUCAGGAAAUAAAGGCAUGCAAGAGAGUGUCCAUUGGACCAAGUUUCAUUGCUCUGCUGGGGAACCGUUACGGCCAUCGGCCCAUCCCCCGCGUCCUCCCAGGAAAACAGUUUGAGGUGAUGCUGUCCAAGCUGCCACAGGAGCAGGUGGGUCUGCUCCACCAGUGGUUCAGGAAAGACUGCAAUGCUGUCCCGUCAGUCUACCUACUCCAGCCAAUCACAACUCUGUUGCCCCAGUACAAUGACCUCCGGUCUGAGGGUGAGCCGUCAGAGGACUGCUGUGUCGUUCCAUGGCUCCGCACCGAGGCUAGACUACUGGAUCUCCUGCGCACGGCAGCUGUUCGGGCGGAGGAAGACGGGGACAUCACACCUGAACAAAAACACCAGUUCUUCAAAUCUGUGACGGAGCACGAGAUAGAAGAGAGUCUGCGAAUGCCGGACCAGGACAAGAGUGAGCCGACUGCCAUCGUCUUCGUGCGAGAGAUGCAUCAGAUACAAAAGAAGUUCGGCCCAAAGCGCAUGGCCCAGUAUAUGGAUCUAACGGCUGAAGGCCUACUGGAUAAUGAGGCCCAGGACCUCCUUUCGGGCCUCAAAUCCCGACUAUGUGCUGAUUCACCGGGCAUUCUCAACUUGCACUGUGUAGAGCUUAGCAAAGCAGCAAUGGAGCCCGGCCACAAGGAACACUCCCAGUACCUGCUGGGCUUCUGUGAACAGCUCAUCGCCCAAAUCAAGGCCUGCAUUUCCAGAAGGGUUGGUGCUGGUUCCUCAGUGGCAGAUGGUGCCCUGAGAAGGAGGGUGGUUGGAGGAAAAGAGGCGAGAAAGCGGGAGAGGGAAAGGGUCUGGCAGCUCGAGGAGCUGAGCGACAACACGGCUCCAAGCGCUGGGAGGAGUUUGGACGUUUUCCGUGGUAGGGAGAGCCUCCUGGGAAAAAUCUGCCUGGCUUUGUGGGAAAACACCAAUGCCUGCCACUCGCCCCUGGUGGUGCUUGGGCCCCCAGGUAUGGGUAAGACUGCGCUACUCAUUAAGCUGGCACAGGAGAUGCGUGGCCUCCUGAACCCCAGAGGCAUGGUGGUCCUCAGGCUUCUGGGGACGUCGACUGAGAGCUCUGACGUAGACCACGUCCUCCGGAGCAUCUGUCUUCAGAUCUGCGCUGCAUUCCAUUUGCCACCACCCACCCCGUUAACGGCACACACGCAUCAGGACCUGGUGAGGUUCUUCCACGGCCUUCUCGCAAAGGUGUCUGACAGUGGAGACACACUUCUUAUCAUUCUGGAUGCCCUCGACCAAUUGUCCAGUGCCACACAUCGACAGGAAAUCCAUUGGCUACCCAAAGACAUACCGCCCAAUGUCAAUUUGGUAGUGUCCACCAGGGACACAGGCUCUCCCGUUUUGGCUAAUCUUCAAAGAACUGUCGAGUUGCCAGGAAAUUUCUUUGAGGUAGAACCCCUAUCAUGUGACCAGGGUCAAGAGAUCAUGGAUGCCUACAUGAAGGCAGUGCAGCGAAGCCUGACUCCGGAGCAAACUGAGGCAGUGCUGCGUAGCUUCCAAUUAAGUGGGAAUCCUCUGCACCUGAAGCUCAUGCUAGACAUGGCAAGACGCUGGACGUCAUAUACCCCUGUGACAGACCUGGCUCUGAGCAGCAAUGCGCAGGAGGUUUUGUCACAACUGCUUCAGGUCCUGGAGGAGAGGCAUGGGAAGCAACUGGUUGGCGCUGCCUUGGGAUACAUUGUUUCAGCCAGGGGAAGCCUAUCAGAGGCAGAGCUGUGUGAUGUCUUAUCCCUGGAUGAUAAUGUGCUGUCUGAAGUCUAUCAGUACAGCCCCCCCCUCAACCUCUCCCUAGUACGCCUCCCACCCCUACUGUGGGCCCGCCUCCGGCACGACUUUGGAGAACUUCUUAUAGAGGGACAGGCCAAUGGCAUCAGAGUGCUUGAAUUUCACCACAGGCUGUUGACUGAAACAGUGCGAGAGCGGUACCUGAGGUCAGAGCAGUGGGCUGAGAGACACAGGGUCCUGGCUGAGUACUACCUGGGUAGCUGGAGCCAAGGCCGAUUCAAACCUCUGCUUCUACCUAAGCUGAUGACCCCAUUGGACGCUGACCGCAAGGUACCUCCUCAGCCGCUGUGGUUCACUAAGGGAGUCGCUAACCUCAAGAAGCUCCAGGAGCUUCCCUAUCACCUCCUCCACGCAGGUCUCUGGGAAGAGCUGUGCCAGGAGGUCAUUGGAAGUACUGAUUGGCUGUAUUGCAAGAUUUUGAACUGUGGAGUGGCUAGUGUCAUUGAGGACCUGACCCUCUGCACUGGCCUGAAGGACUGUCCUGAAACCCAACUGAUCCGAGACACGUUUGUUCUCCUCAAGCCCACUCUGGACUUCCUAGAUGGACAAAUGGACCCGUCUCUCUUCUACACAGAGGUCUUAGCUAGGCUCCAUUCGUUUGCUCAGAUGUACCCUUCACUGAUAGGAAGACUCUGCUCCCAGUGUCAUAACUGGCUCUCGGGCUGUCCCGACCCAGUUCUCGUCCCCAUGUGCACCUUCCUCCCAUCUCCAGGGGGGGCGCAAAAGACGACGCUUGCAGGUUUCCAAAAAGGCGUCACAGCGCUAGAUGUUUGUCCAGAGAGAAGAAUCCUGAUAGCAGGCUCGGAGGAUGGGAAGGUCAUCGCCUGGGACCUCAACGAUCUAGAGGUCAUCCAAACCCUAGUAGGACACACAGCUAAGGUCUUGUCAGUGAAAGUGACUGACAGUGGCACUCACUGUCUCUCAUUGGCUGCUGAUGGGACCCUGAGGAGGUGGAGCCUGUUGAGUGGCAGACAGCUGUACUGUAGGCAGGAAGUGGUCCCCGUUAACCCCCCGCCUUCCACCGCACACAUGCACGUGUCUGAGGGGACGGCACUCGUCUAUACCCACUCUGGAGGCCAAGUAUGCCAGGGAUAUGAACCGUUUGACUGUCAGAUCCAGGGCAUUUCCCCACAAACACUCCUUUUCAUUUAUUCUGUUUCCAACUCUUUUGAUACGUUACUCCAGGGAUCCUCCACAGUGUGCAGCACCACACAGGGCAGACAGUCACAUCAGACCCUGCAGCACUCGACCACAGAGCUUCCAGUGUGUGCAACCUUCCUCUCUGCUUCAGAUGAUGAAAGGAUAUUUUUGGCAGGGGGUGGGAGGCUGCUGUUGUUGUUCCACACAGAGAUGAACUCUGUCCAGAGCUUCCUGGAUCUGCACCAUGACGACACAGUGUUGUGUGCCUGUGUGUCCCGCGACAGCAGGGUGGUGGUGUCGGGCACUGAACACCACACCAUACGGGUCUGGUCUAUAACCACAGGGAACCUCCUUGACACGUUCCUUGGCAUGGGUGCCCCUGUCACCACCCUGGCUCUGUGUGAGGGCACCGUGAUCUCAGCCUCCUCCUCAGCCUACUACCUGAAGUUGUGGAAGCUGCCCUCGCCCAACGACCCCCAGCGGAGCCCCGGGGGCUGCAUCCCAACCGGAUACUCCCAGGUUGCCCUCACCAAAGAUGGCGACAUGGUCUACUUCGUGAGGAAUGGAGGCCGGAAAGAAGUGAUCGCAUGGAACUGUCAAAAAGGUUCUUCCACUGACACCAUGGCUGUCUCAGCUGAGGUGUGCUGCCUGGAGCUGGCUCAGCACAAGAGACUCCUCUUCUGUGGCCUGAAGACGGGAACGGUCCUCAUCUACCCCCUGGCCUUCCCCCAGGAGACCCUGUGCAUCCCGCCCCCUGAGACCCUGCCCAUGGUGCGCUGCGUGGCCAUUGGUUGCCAGGAGAGACGCUUGGCAGUGGCCUAUGAGGACUCGGUGUGUCUGUUUGAGGUCACAACCCGGGAUAGUUUCCCCAGUGUGGAGGGGCCCUUUAAGAGAUUCCCCCUCUCCCUGCUCCACUCCCCCGUCUCCUCCAUGGCCGUGCUCCCAGACUACAGGGUGCUGUAUGGGACGAACUGCGGGGAGGUAAUGCUCUACGACUUCAAGGCUUCCUCAUCCGCCAGCCUGGAGGGACACCACAGCAGAAUCACCUGUGUGACACUCAGCAACUGGGCGACGCACGCCCUGGUGGGAUCGGAGGACGCCGUGCAGAGGCUGUGGGGGCUGAACCCCCUGGUCCUGGAUCACACUAUGGAGUACAAGGGCUUCUUUGAAGGGGUUCUCUGUGCAGCUUUCUCUGAGAGCGACCGGUACGUCUUCACUGGAUCCCAGGAUAGAACCGUCAAGGUUUGGGAUGUUGCCAGCGGGAGUCUAUUGUUUGUUCAGUAUGUCUAUUCUCCUGUGACCAAAAUGUUGAGCCACAGGAAUGGCUUCGUGGCCAUCUCUCAGCAGGGUCACAUCAUCAAGGAAGCAUUCCGCAGCCCGGUCCAAGUCAGCCCGGAAUACAACCCACUCCGAAACGUCAAGGGCCAGUACAGGGUUACGUCCCGGGAGAAGAGUGUGAACAGCGCCCACGCAGCCAUCACAGAGAUCCCAGAGUACAAUCCUACUCAGUUUAACUUCAUGGCACUGAUGCUUAAGACCAAACCCUCUCACACAUGCCAAUUGCUGUGAGGCAACUGGCGCACUCUAACUGAGAAAAUGUGCAAUUGUUAAGAGCUGUCCCAAUGCGUAUGUCUCGAAACGAAGGUUUGCUUUUUUCUGUUUACAGUCAAUUGUUUUCAGUCUCCCACACUAAGUGAUAUGAAAAUAGGAAUUAGGUCUGUGUCACCUCAUUAAGCUUGCUUAUAAUCAGCUAUGGACAUUACUUACAACAGAUUCUUUGAGAUGUAGAGAUUUGUAAUAGCACAUGUUAUGAAAGAGACAUGCAAUAAUGACAGAUACAAUCACACCAUUAUGCAGUUGCUGUAUGU